AUGUCUUUCUAUUAUUCCAACAUUGUUUCCAAUCAGGAAAAGACUUUCUACGAUGCUCAAUUUUCAAUGAGUUCUCUGAAACAAGUCUCCCCCAUUUCUGGAUCCCCACAACGUGAUGAUUCAUUUAAUAUCUCACCAGCGAGCUCUUCACCGGAUAUGCUAGUUGAAACCUGGAAAUCUGACGAAGAAAAUGCUAAAUCUGAAUCACCAUCUUCUCAAAGCACAACUGCAACUUCAACAAAUGAUGACCUAUUUGCAAGUGUCGGAACGUGGGAGGUACAUGCCAAUGAGAACAACAUCACAGUCAAUAAGAAGAAGAAACGUUCCCGGAAGAUCCGUCGUCUGCGAGAUGUACAGGAUUCAGAUGAAGAGAGGCCAAAACCAGUUAUUGCUCUUGUUCCGUUGGUUCCAAACCCAUUCUGUGUUAGUGACUCGCUUCUUUCAAAGUUGGGUCCUGUUGCCACCAAGCGUAGACGAGUUUGCUUCAAUCCAACAAUCUCAUUUCAUUACUAUUGUGUUGAUAAGUAA